GCAGGGAUUCAGCCGGACCAGGAACUGCACUGGGGAACAGGAGCUGAGACGCAUAUUUAGGAGCAGAGCAGCCUGCCUUCUUUGAUUCACGUCUGUCAGCAGCUCCAUUGGAUACGACACCACCUCCUAAUGGACUUGCCAACACAAGAUUCCCAAUAUUUCUCUUACUUGGUGGAUUGUGUUUACACAUGAUCACUGUGGAAGUAAAAGAGACAUAACUCAACCCACCAUGCUUUUGAAGUCAGGAGCAUUUCUCACCUUGUGUCUGUUUACACUCCAGGCGAGUCAAAUCAAAGAAGUCCAUGACAUAAACUUCUCUGGCCUCAGGGACGUAAAGUACCGGCAUUUUCUUGAAACCUCUCGCCCCGUCAGACAUGCAACCAACGUCCGAGCCGAGCAGGGUGGACAGCGGGUGAAGAGGUCAACGCCCCACACUACGGGCGUCAAACUGUGUCCUCGAGACACCAUGAAAACUGUCAUUGGAAGCCACCGGGCCUAUUACAAACUAAGAGUUUGUCAGGAAGCAAUCUGGGAAGCAUUCAGGAUCUUUUUGGACAGAGCCCCAAACCCAGAGGAGUACCAAGCCUGGGUCUACACCUGCCAGCAUGAAAACCUUUGCAUGGAGGAGCUGGCCCAAAACUUUAGCAGCUCCCAGGAGCAUCUGGACAUGGUGGCCAGGAGAGUAGCAGAACAGGCUGAAAGUGAAGGGUUUGUUGCAGCUACUGAGGAACCACACAGUCAGUGCUCAUGGACUCAUCUCCCAGUGGAAACCGAUGAGGUUAAAGACCCUGAACUGAUUAAGAAGAAAAACGAGGAAUAUAUUGUUGAGUUCAGCAUCACCAUCACUGACUCGACGUACAGUGAACUGCUUAGCAACCCAGAGGCUCUGCAGUACGACAGCAUCACCACAGAGCUCAGAGACAAGAUGUUUCCUGUGUUCGAAAAAGUUCCAGGUUUCAAAGACAUACGAGUUCUUGCAUUUCGAUCUGAGGACCUCUUUGUGCGCUACGCUGUGAUCUUUAACGGGGAAACACAGCUAAGUGACGUGGGGGGCUUCGAGGAGGAGCACGGCGAAGAGACAGACGAGGAUGUGAAUGCUCCCAAAUUGAAGCACAUCAUCCUAAAGGCCUUAAAACAGGAGCCAAUGCUGCUGCUGGACAUACAGACACUUAACUUUGAGGCUGGUAAUUAUCUGAAAGAAAUUCUUACAGUGACCACAGUUGAUCAAAGUGUGGAGCUUGACAUGGACUCCGUCGACACAGCCGAGUUCGCAGAGGAAUCAGAUGUCCACAAACCCACCAAAAGUUCAUCCCCCACUGUGGGAGUGUUAGAAAACAAGCUGGAUGAUUCAGCUUCUGUUAAACCAAAAACUCCCACCUUUGUGCCUUUCAUCCCAACCACCCUCCCAAAGAGCACUUCUAGCUUUACAGUUAGGGCCCCGUCAGCAGCAGCUACAGACACAAAGCACAGCGAAGAUUCAAAAGAGGAAGAGAAGACACCGCUGAGUGAUGGGGAAGGUGAAGAUCUGGAUCUGGUUCAUGGGGACAGCACAGAGCAUCCGAGAGGAACUUCAAGCUCCCAGCCUGUUGAAGAUCCAAUGGAUGCUCCUCCUGAGGUUAACCUUGACCCACCACAACCUACAGCUCCCACAGCUCAGGAAGUAAAUACCUCUGAGCCAGCUGUCCCAGCUUCCACCCCUUCAUCUGGUGAGGACACCUUCCACGGCAGCGAAGCUGAAUCAGAUGAGAGGCCUUUGCCCUCCCCUGUGGAUCGAGAUGAAGCUGGUGAGGUCAGGUAUGAUCUGAUUGGAGGGAAUGGUGAAGUAACCCCGGCCAACGUAACGCUUCCUAUAGAUAAUCCCAACGCCAAAGAGGCAGAGGGAGUAACAGACCCUCAGGAAGAGGAGAGCGGUAGUGGAUUUGCCUCAGAGUCCGAUGAAGGUCCGUAUGGAUCUACAGCCGCUCCUUCCAUGAGACAAGCCAGCACACCUCUGAUGACAGCUGUGGAGAAGAACAAAGAGUUGGUGGUUUUCUUUAGCUUGAGAGUCACUAACAUGAUGUUUACUGACGACCUGUUCAACAAGAGCUCCCCGGAGUAUAAAUCACUGGAGAAUACCUUCCUUGAACUGACACAGCACUUUGGGUCCACAAACCAGCCCAACCCUGGAGCUUCCAGUAAAUCUGGGCCUGGGAGACAGACGACUUUAGCCUCCAUACCGCUUUUGCCAUAUUUACAGUCCAAUCUGACUGGAUUUAAGCAGCUGGAGAUUCUAAACUUCAGGAAUGGGAGUGUGGUAGUAAACAGCAGGAUGAAACUGGACAAGCCAGUACCUUACAACGUCACAGAAGCUGUGCACUGCGUGCUGGAGGACUUCUGCAACGCGGCGUCUAAUCGGCUUGACAUUGAGAUUGACAGUCGAUCUUUGGAGAUUGAACCAGCUGACCAAGCAGAUCCCUGCAAGUUCCUGGCCUGCAACGAGUUUUCACGCUGUGUGGUAAACAGUUUGACCAACGAGGCUGAGUGUCUGUGUGAUCCUGGCUACAGCACCGUGGAUGGACUGCCCUGUCAGAAUACCUGCUCUCUGCAGCCAGACUACUGCAUGAAUGGAGGAAUAUGUGAAAUAAUCCCAGGUCAUGGAGUCACCUGCAGAUGUCCUGUAGGGAAAUACUGGCACUACCAUGGAGAACGCUGCAACGAACUGGUAUCAGUGCCUCUGGAUCCUUCUCUACUUGUCACCUGCCUCGUGGGGAGUCUAUGCCUCGUUUGUGCCGUCAUUGGCAUUUUAAUAUUCAUCAACAAGAAGUGCAUAAGAACCAGAAAGGCCGUGGCUUUGGUGCACACUCACGCACCCUAUGCCUUUGAGAACACUUUGAGGGAGAACCCAGUAUUUGAAAAUGAUGACGGUGUCCUAACUCAUGUUUCCACCCUACCAUGUCCCUCAAGCUCUGCCUCUUCCCAAUCCCAACAGUCUGAGCAGGAACAUUUUGCCUCAGUUGAAAAUAUACGCCUGAGUAUUGAGAUCCCCAGACGACUCUACACAACAAGAUCAGAAAAGCUAGUUUCAGACAUGGUGGGCUUCCACCACAGUUUGCCACACAGUGAGAAGACGAACAGGGCCCCCAUGUGGUCCUUGAGGGCCCCCUUGGUGCCCGCGGGCACCACGUUGGUGACCUCUGAUUCUCCUCAGGAGUCUGCAGUCUGCUAA